AUGUAUCCUACUUCCAAGAUGAUGGGAGUAGCCGCAGCCAAAAAAAAAAAAAGAGUCUCCGGACCAUCACACACAACCUUAGCUAAUGGAAACCACGCCCGUGCGAAUCGCCCAAAGCGCGCCAUGUCUUGUGAGCGGCUCAGUCAGUUAGUGCAACUUGUGUCGGGCACGAAGGUGCUGCACCUUAUUUGCGGGCACGUUUAUCGGAACUAUAGUGACCCACAGUGCGAUGCUUUUCUUGGACUGUGUGACACGCUUCUUCAGGAGAUUGCGGAGACGGCAAGGGAGCGUGGCGUUCUGCGCGCGCCUGCGAGGGAUGGAGCUGCGUCAGAGGAUGACGAAGAGGAGGAUGGGGGUCAGUCCACUAAAAGAUGCUGA